UGGCUCCAGCCAAAGUCGCUUCAAACUUCAAACUCUCGCCUUUCUUAAUCCUUUCGAAUUGUCGGUUGAAACUUCGGCAAACUUCCACUUGGGUUUUGUUAAAAGGAGGAAAGAAGAGGAGCGAUGUUCCUGGUGGAUUGGUUCUAUGGAGUUCUGGCGUCUCUGGGUUUGUGGCAGAAGGAAGCGAAGAUCUUGUUCUUGGGGCUCGAUAAUUCAGGGAAGACCACUCUGCUUCACAUGUUGAAGGACGAGAGAUUGGUUCAGCACCAACCCACCCAGUUCCCGACGUCAGAGGAACUGAGUAUAGGGAGGAUAAAGUUUAAAGCGUUCGACUUGGGUGGUCACCAGAUCGCUCGUAGAGUCUGGCGGGACUACUACGCUAAGGUCGAUGCGGUGGUGUACCUGGUCGACGCCUAUGACAAGGAUAGAUUCGCCGAGUCAAAGAAGGAGCUGGACGCCCUCCUCUCGGACGAGUUGCUGUCGAAGGUCCCGUUCCUUGUCUUGGGAAACAAGAUAGACCUCCCUUACGCCGCGUCGGAGGACGAACUAAGCUACUACAUGGGCCUCACCAACUUCACCACAGGGAAGGGCGAUGUCGACCUGGCUGGCACCAACCUCCGCCCUCUCGAGGUCUUCAUGUGCAGCAUUGUGCGCAAGAUGGGCUACGGCGAGGGCUUCAGGUGGCUCUCUCAGUACAUCAAAUGAGUAUUUCUCCUCUUGGGGUGUGUUCUUCGCUGUAAUUAGAUGAACUGGGGUCGGGUUUAUGCGGUCGCACGUCUAUGUGUGUGUGUGUGUAUAUAGAUUUGUGUCUGAAUUUUGCUCAAAGAGCUAGAAACUCUUAGCUAUUUCACAGACUUGGCUUUUUCA